UUGAAAACUUUUAAUCCCUCUAUUUAAAAAAUUGUUGUAUAGCGCUCGUUAUCUAUACAAUAAAAGGGUAUUUCUUAUCAAUAGUGUGUUAUCUCUUGGACACAAUGCCUGUAGUUCACAAGACAGGAACUGUGAAAUCCAAGCAGGGGUCAAACACUCAGUCCCAGAAGGCACACGCAGCAAAGACUGCAAAAGCUGCCAGCAAGAAAAAGGAUGAGGAGGAUGGAACAGAGAUGGGUGAAGGAGAUGAGUGGAUGCAAGGGAAGACUCUGAUCAAGCCACUUGACCAGCUGGAUCUCACUGAGGCUGAGUUAAAAGAGGAAUUCACCAGGAUCCUGACUGCAAACAAUCCACAUGCCCCUCAGAAUAUCGUCCGCUACAGCUUCAAGGAACGUUCAUACAAGCCAAUCAGCAGUGUGGAUCAGCUGGCUGUCCACUUUGUGCUGGAGGGUAACCUGUUGCACCAGGACUCAGAUGAGGCACGCAGACAGAGGGCCAAACAGGGCCUCCCUGAGGAAAAAGCCACAGUUGAGUCCGCUGUCGCUGAAAAGCCUGAGACUCCGGCUGCAGGUGGGGAGGAUGCAGGGGAUGUGGAGGAGGGCGGGGGAGAGGAGAGAGCUGACAGUGUGGAGUCCAAGGCUGGCAAGAAGGAGCAGAAAAUCACCAACCAGUUCAACUUCAGUGAGAGGGCCUCCCAAACUCUCAACAACCCACUCAGGGAAAGGGGAUGUCAGACAGAGCCCCCUCCUCGUGCAAACUUCUCAGCUACUGCCAAUCAGUGGGAGAUCUAUGACGCGUAUUUGGAGGUGCUGCAGAAGCAGGAGAAGAACAAGGAGAAGGCAAAAGCCGUCCCCAAGAAGGACGACGACAAAGGCAAGAAGAAGAUGAUGCUGGUGGAGACCCAGAGUGAUGACAUCACCAAAGUGGCCAAGGUGGCCAAGAUCAUCGAGCGGAUGGUGAACCAAAACACGUUUGACGACAUUGCUCAAGAUUUUAAGUACUUUGAGGAUGCUUCUGAUGAGUACCGGGAGCAGGAGGGCACCCUUCUCCCCCUCUGGAAGUUUCAGUACGACAAAGCCAAGAGGCUGUCUGUCACUGCCCUCUGCUGGAAUGAAAGCUACAAAGAUUUGUUUGCCGUCGGCCUUGGAUCAUAUGACUUCACCAAGCAGGGGCGGGGCAUGCUGGUGUUCUACUCCCUGAAAAACUCCACUUUCCCUGAGUAUAUCUACCCCACGACGUCGGGCAUCCUGUGCCUGGACAUCCACAAGCACCUGCCCUACCUGGUGGCCGUGGGCUUCUACGACGGCUGCGUGGCCGUCUACAACCUCAAAGAAGAGACGCUGCAGCCCAUCUAUAAGAGCACCGCCAAGUCUGGCAAGCACACCGACCCUGUGUGGCAGGUGAAGUGGCAGAAGGACGACAUGGACAACAAUCACAACUUCUUCUCUGUGUCAUCUGAUGGCCGUGUGGUGUCAUGGACUCUUGUCAAGAAUGAGCUGGUCUUCACAGACAUCAUCAAGCUGUCGUUGGCGGGAGCUGUGUCAGAAGGACCAGAAGGCGUGCAACUUCCCAUCAUGGCUUGUGGAACAUCCUUCGACUUCCACAAACAGAUUGACUACCUCUUCCUGGUUGGCACGGAGGAGGGCAAGAUUCACAAGUGCUCCAAGGCUUACUCCAGCCAGUUCCUGGAGACCUACAAUGCCCAUAACAUGGCAGUGGACGCAGUUAAGUGGAACCACUUCCACACCAAGGUCUUUAUAUCCUGCAGCUCUGAUUGGACCGUCAAGAUCUGGGACCACACCAUCAAGACCCCAAUGUUCACCUUUGACCUGAACGCCUCUGUUGGAGAUGUGGCAUGGUCUCCUUACUCCUCUACUGUCUUUGCUGCAGUCACCACUGAUGGCAAGGUUCAUACCUUUGACCUUAGCAUCAACAAAUAUGAGGCCAUCUGCCAGCAGCCGGUGGUGGCCAAGAAAAAGACUAAGCUGACUCACAUUGAGUUUAACCCCGUCUACCCCAUCAUCAUCGUGGGAGACGACCGAGGAUAUGUUACCAGCCUCAAGCUCUCGCCUAACCUGCGCAAAAAACCCAAGGAGAAGAAGGGUCAGGAGCUGCCCAAGGGGCCUGAGGUGGAGAUCGCCAAGAUGGAGAAGCUGCUGAGUUUACUGCGGGAGCCAGAGAACAGCAAUGCUUAGAAACUAUGACAACACCAUGCAGGACUGUAGUCGCCCACUAUUUUUACUACUGCACUCCAGUUAUAAACCCACCACCAGUCAUGCCUUAUUACUACUGUCUUCUGAAGCUGCAUACUAAAGCCACCGUUCCUUCCCACGUUGAAGCAUAGUGUGGUCUAUUGAAUCUGUGCAAUCUAGCCUACUGUUUUUCUCACUCUUGCGCUGUGCACUAUACUAAACAUAUAGAUUGUCAGUGUGCAACCAGCAAAAUCUCCUUUACCUGAUGCGGCAAAACCACUCAAGCUUUGGGUUGUAUUUAUUUGUUUUGGAAAACAGAGUAGCUCAGUUUGUUUGGAAAUAUUAAUAAAAAAUAUUUAUCAUUCCAA